AUGCCACCAGUACCGAUUUAUGUGAAAGGUGGAAGCUGGUCCAACAUCGAGGACCAGAUCCUGAAAGCAGCAAUAGAAAAAUAUGGAACGCAUCAGUGGAGCAAGAUUGCCUCACUUUUACAAAAAAAAACUGCCCGUCAAUGCGAACUGCGAUGGACAGAGUAUUUGAACCCAAGUCUCGAUUUCACACCUUUCUCGAAGGAGGAGGACGCGAAGCUCCUCGAAAACGUCAGAAGACUCCCGAAUCAAUGGAGAACCAUCUCAGAUGCAAUGGGCCGCACGCCACAAGUAUGCAUUGACCGUUACAACGUGCUUCUGGAAGGCACAGACUCUGAAGUCAAGCUCGGUAGCUCUUUAGACUUGGAAGCCGGUGAUAUCGAUCUACACGCCGAAAGCAGACCGGCAAGGCCAGAUCCAUUGGAUCUCGAGUCAAUGGACAAAGAGAUGCUCGCAGAAGCCCGCGCGAGACUCCUGAAUACACAAGGAAAAAAAGCUACGAGGAAAAUACGAGAGCGGAUGCUUGAGGAGAGCAAAAGGGUAGCUCAGCUGCAAAAGAGACGUGAAUUGAAGCAAGCAGGUAUCGAUACCAAAAUUAAGGCUCCUCGAAAGAAGUUUUCAACGCAAAUAGACUAUAAUGCGGACAUCGUAUAUGAACGGGAACCCGAAAGCGGACCCUACGACACAACAUUGGAGGAUGAGCGGAGUGCAAAAGCCGUAAGAGCUUUUGAGAAAUCCGUGGAACGUAAGGGUUUGCAAGAAAGUGGACGAGGGAACAAAGCGAAGAGGAAACGAACGCACGAAGAGGCAGCAACAAAGGUAAGCCAAAGUGACGUUGUUACAGACAAUUUCAAGAAACCCAAGCUCACCUUACCACCGCAAGAGAUAGUCCAUGAAAGAGCGAUCAAGCGUUCGAAACGAAGCAUUUUGAAACUAUUUGCUCGACUUCCGCAGCCCAAAAAUGACUUUGAACUAGAAUUGGAUGACGACUUUGGUGACAUUGACGACAAAAAUAGUCUGAACGAAGAUGUGCAAACUGACACUCAUAGCCCAGUUGAAGGUGGCAUUUUAGUCGAAGAUAUUGAACCGAGCCCCAAGGCCUUUUCUGAUCUGCGAGCCGGUCUUCCUCUUCCUAAACCGAUAGAAUCUCCUUCGAAUCCUGUAGAGCACGAGUAUAAUGAGCUUAUAAGGUCCGCACUGAAUCCGACCUUUGUCCACGAUGAAAGUCUUUUGUUCAAAUCCACCAAAGAAAAGUUGCAGCAAUUUCUUCCUGACAGCACGCCUGAAAAGUCGUACAUUGACCAUGCUGUUCGACUGAUAGAAGGUGUCAAGCAUUCAGAAACACCAGAUGCGCAGGAACUCCAAGAACUACAGUCACGUCUUCAAGGUCUUCAGGACGCUAUCGACGAAGUAGGGUAUUUCAGAGACAAGAACCAAGAUACCAGUACCACAAUUUUUUCGGAACUGCUGCCAAACAUUGCUGAACUUCGCCACACAUACUCUGUGAACUACAAAAAGUAUCAGAACGAAUACUAUGCUUGUCAAGUCAGGCGAGACAAAUUACAAAAGCAUCUUAUCGAAGUUGGGGUCGAGAAACAGAUUUGA